AUGACCAUUCAACCUCUUGUACUCAACAAACGUUUCUUUCCAUUAUCAUUCAAAUUCCUCACUCCCUCUGCUGAAGCAACUCAUAUUCAACCGGGAAAUAGCCGCGUUGAUUUCUUCGACCGUCUUCUUCAGCAUUGCAUCAGCAAAAUCGACGAAAGAUUCAAUCUUGAUGGCCCCGUUAAGCAGAUCCACGCGCAGAUUUCCGUUACUUCCUCGUUUUCCUCGGCGUUCUUGUCGGCUAGACUUGUUUCUGCCUACGCAAAAGUCACCCUUUUGAAUGAUGCACGCAAGGUGUUUGAUAACUGCCCCAUAGACUGCUUCUGUAGCUCUCUGUUUUGGAAUUCAAUGCUGCGUGCUUAUCUUUCAGAUUUUAAGUAUGAAGCUGCUGUUAAAUUGUAUUUCCGAAUGCGGGAGGUUGAUCUCCACCCUGAUAAAUUCGGUUUUCCGCUGAUUAUCAGGGCGUGUGCGAUGCUUGAUGAUGUUAGGUUGUGUAAAUUGGUUCAUUCUCAUGCUGUGCGGAUUGGGAUUUCGAGUAAUUUACAUGUUAGUAAUGAAUUAAUGGGAAUGUAUGGAGAGAUUGGUGUGAUGGGAGCGGCGCUUAAGGUGUUCGACCGAAUGCCUCUGAGAAGCCGUGUCUCGUGGAACAUUGUGGUGUCUGGUUUCGCCAAGAACUUCGACUGCGAAGGCGCAGUUGGGAUGCUUCACCGGAUGGAGGGCGAGGGGUGGGAGGCAAAUCAGGUAACUUGGACCUCGGUGAUCUCGAGCUUUGCAAAAUGUGGGAUUGAUGAGAAGGCAUGGGAGUUUUAUUGCUUGAUGAGAGAGAGAGGGGUUGAUGCUACAGCUGAAUCUAUAGCUGUUGUUAUCUCAGUGUGUGAUGGAGAAAUGGCUGCUAAAGGUGAGAUUGUUCAUUGCCAUGUGAUAAGAGGUGGAUUUGAAAUAUAUAUAUUUGUGAGCAAUGCUCUUAUGAGCAUGUAUGGGAGAAAUGGUGCUGUGGGGAAAGCAGAGCUUCUCUUCUCAUCUCUUGAUUCGAAGAGUUUAGUGAGCUGGAACGCCUUGAUUUCGGCCUAUGCUCGGACCGGCUUGUGUGAUGACGCCUUCUCUGUGUUCUUAAGGCUGGAGAGCUCGAACAUGGUGAGGCCUAAUGUAGUGAGUUGGACUGCAGUGAUAGGCGGAUUUGCUGCUAGUGAGGGGCGAAAGGAAGCGGCUUUGGAGCUCUUUCGACGUAUGCAGAGUGCUCGAGUUCGGCCUAACUCUUUGACGGUUGCUAGUGUGCUUUCAUCUUGUGGUGAAUUAUCAGCUCUUUCUCUUGGGAGAGAGAUUCAUAGCCACACGAUUAGAUUGUGUAUGGAUGAAGAUUUAUUGGUGAUGAACGGUUUGAUAAAUAUGUAUAUGAAAUGCGGGAAUUUAGUGGCAGGGGAAAUGUUAUUCAAGAAAAUGGUGUUUAGAGAUAUAAUCUCAUGGAACAUAAUGAUCACAGGGUAUGGAAUGCACGGAUUAGGUCUCGAUUCUCUCGAUAUUUUUGAGCAAAUGGUCGAGGAAGGGGUGAAGCCGGACGAGGUGACCUUCGUUGGUGUCCUCUCCGCCUGCAGCCACGCAGGGCUAGUGCCCGAAGGCCGCAAGCUUUUCAACCAGAUGAGUGGGGUGUUCAAAGUCCAGCCCGGUGUGGAGCACUACUCGUGUAUGGUGGAUAUGUUAGGGCGGGCCGGGCUACUUGAGGAGGCGCGUCGGGUUCUAAAGAGCAUGCCGAUGGAGCCCAACGCGCCUGUUUGGGGGGCUUUGUUGAGUUCUUGUGAGAUGCAUAGGAAUGUAGAUGAUGCAGAGGAGAGUGCGGCCGUGAUGUUUGAUAUGAAGAGUGGCGCGACGGGUGGAUAUAUGUUGUUGUCGAAUUUGUACGCUACGAAUGGGCGUUGGGAUGAGGCGGCGGGGGUGAGGACGUUGGCGAGGGAGAAGGGUUUGAGGAAGGUCCCGGCGCAGAGCUGGAUUGAGGUGAAGAAGAAGGUUCACUCAUUUUCAGUUGGAAGGGGAUUUGAGAUGGAUAUGGAGGAAGUUUAUUUGGUUCUUCAAGAUUUGAAUAUGCACAUGGUGAGACAGAGCUAUGUACUAAAAGGAUUAGUCGAACCGAGCUAAGAGCAUGCGUAACGCAAGGGGCCGGGCCGCAUCUCGCGAGUCCCGGCCCGUCCCAUGCAUUACACGGAAGGGCGGCACG